AUGGCCUCAACCGGAGUUUCCCGUAGGUCCUCCAUCAUGGCGUCCCGGCUGAGCGCGUCAGCGGAGGCCAUGCGCGCGAGCGAGGGGGGGAAGCAGCGACACGCCGUCGUGGGGCGGCGGGUGGAGUACGACGAGGAGUCUCUGGCCGGCGAACCCCAGUACGACGUGUUCAUCAACCACCGCGGCGUGGACACGAAGCGGACGGUGGCGCGCCUGCUCUACGACCGCCUCGCGCAGAGCGGCAUCCGCGGCUUCCUGGACAACAUGUCGAUGCGGCCGGGCGACCGGCUCAGGGAGACGAUCAGCGCCGGAAUCAGCGAAUGCAGCGUCGCCGUGGCCAUCUUCUCCCCGAGCUACUUCGACUCGGAGUACUGCCUGUGGGAGCUCGCCACGCUCGUAGAGUCACGCAAGACCAUCAUCCCCAUCUUCUACAACAUCAAGCCCUCCGACCUCGUGCUCCCCGAGGCCCUCGCCGCCUCCGACGACUACCUCCCGCAAGACGUGGAGCGCUACAAGUACGCGCUCCGCGAGGCCAAGAACACCGUCGGCCUCACCUACGACUCGGCCACAGGGGACAUAGCCGAGCUGGUGUCAGCGGCAGCCGACGCGGUGCUGUACCACAUGGAAAAAAUGGAGAGAGUGCAGAGGAGGGAAACGAUCGUUUCAAGGCUCUAA